CGCACAUCCCACCUGCUGCCCCAGCCGUCAACCUACCUCGACCAGAACCAACCAUGGGUCUGGGUAACCUGGCUCGGCACGGAAUGGCACAACCACAUACCCUGAUACCCUCCCAUGGCGCCAAGCUUGUCAGGGAAUCGCGGUCGAACCCUGAGCGGAAACCUGACCGCCAGUCCAAGAGCCCCGUGGGGUCUUUCGAUGGAGGGCGAGGGCGAAGGCCGUGGCUGCCGUGGCUGCCGUGGCGCAUCUGCGGGACAGCCAAGCCACGCCGAACGGGGAAUCACCAUGUCGCCAUUUCCAGCCAACAUGGGAUUCUCAAGAAUUCACAUCUGCGAGGCAUGGCCCCACCGGGCUGGGACCCUGCCUGCAGGGAAGGUGUCAGCACCAGCGGGUGACAGUGCGGGAACUGAGCUCAAGUGCUCUUUGUCGACGAGUCUAUGACCACAACGAGUCCGUACUUUAACAAAACUCAUACCCAAAGGUAUACUAUACCUCUUGGGCCACCACGUACCCGUGUCAGUCCACGGUACCCGCGACACUUCCACAUUCACGCUGGCUCUGCCUGCUUGCUGGGCUCCAAAGUACACCGGCCUGGCCAGUCGACACGCUUCUACAACGGGCAACGGGCACAAGCUAUCCCAGGAGUUUUCAAGACGGCGGCGGUUCCAACGUUUUCAUGUGUGCCAAACCGCCGGUCAAAGUCGUGACGACACCACUCUGUCUGCCAACUCGGAGCAUGUUCUCCAGCAGAUCAUGCCCGGCUCAAAAAAGAGGCCAUGCCCAGGGCAAUGAUUCCGACGCGUCUCGUGUAGCUCACUCUUCAUCCCUCGGUUUCUAGACUUCAGCAACCUCUAGUUCAGUGUGUCUUUUCCAUCCUCACGAUGUCUGAUCUCAAGGCAACCGUCUCGGAGACAUCCAAUGGCUUCCAUGUCCAAGGCUACGAGAAGAUCACGUACGACUUCUCCUUCGUCGAUGGCGUCUUUGACGUGAACAACCCUGGCCUUGCGGAGUGUUACAAGCCAUGGGGACGCGUUCUUGCCGUGACUGACAAGAAUGUCUUUGCUCUCUACGGUGACAAGAUGGACAAGUACUUCGCUCACUACGGCCUGACUCUGAAGGUCCACAAGACCUCCAUUGGCGAGAAGGCCAAGACGGUCGAUACCUGGUUGAGCAUUUGUGACUCAAUGACCGACUUUGGUAUCAUCCGGAAGGAACCCGUUCUUGUUGUCGGUGGUGGCCUUGUCACUGACGUCGCUGGUUUUGCAUGCGCAGCCUAUCGCCGGAACACUAACUUCAUUCGCGUUCCCACAACAGUCAUUGGCCUCAUCGAUGCUAGUGUUAGUAUUAAGGUCGCUGUGAACUACGGCAACUACAAGAACAGACUCGGCGCGUACCAUGCCCCAAUCCACACCUUCCUUGACUUCACCUUCCUGCGCACUCUUCCAAUCGCACAGGUGCGGAAUGGAUUCGCAGAACUCAUCAAGAUCUCGUCAUGCUCCCACCUUCAGGUUUUCGACUUGCUGGACAGGUUCUGCGAGCAAUUGAUCGAGCACAAGUUCGGGCGAGGAGACGGCUCCUCCGAGGAGCUCGUCAAGGCCGCCGACAUUAUAAACCGGGAGGGCAUUUACGAGAUGCUUAAACUCGAGAGCCCCAAUCUGCACGAGAUCGGUUUGGACCGCGUGAUUGCUUAUGGUCACACCUGGUCCCCACUCCACGAGCUCAUCCCCGAGACACCCCUGCGGCACGGUCAUGCCAUCUCCAUUGACAUGGCUUACACCGCUACCUUGGCCAACCAUCGUGGUCUACUCAGUGAUGAUGAGCACAAACGCCUGCUGAACCUAUUCUCUCGCGCAGGUCUCACCAUAGACCACCCCCAGUUCGACGAGCACGUUAUCGAUAAGGGAACAGCAGCUAUCCUCAAGACACGUGAUGGUCAGCUACGCCUUGCGGUCCCCAAUCCUUUGGGUAGCUGCACCUUCUUGAAUGACGUGAGCCAGGAGGAGCUUCUACUUGUCCUGAAGAAGCACAAGGACUUCGUGAAGAGCUACCCGCGGGAGGGGGCUGGUUUGGAGGCAUUUGUGGAUAGUAGUGACACAGGAUAUACAGAUCUGGCAUCUGAGAACAAGAGCGUCCUUGACACCGUGGCCGAGAACGGCAGUGGGCUGAAGGCAAAGGUCGCUGCCAAGGUGGCCAAUGGCGUCAACGGGCGUGCCAACGGGCACACCAACGGGCACACCAACGGCUUCACGAAUGGUCAUGCCAAUGGGAACGGAUUCAAGGCAGUUCAGGAUUCUCCUUUGGGGAGAGUUGCAAAGACAAACGGUGUUCACUAGACUCGGCAUGAUUUCAUCUUAUCCCAUGCGUCUUUCAGCGGUCUGGCCCAGUACGGGUUCAUCUUCUACGAGAGACAAUUGUCCAUGACGGAGAAUCAUCUUCAACUCCCAGUAUAUAGAUGAAGGAAAGCCACUGGGAAUUGGUGGUUGACCGUGUCUACCACACGGUCGAUUCAACAAAAGCAUUUGGUCUGCGAGUGGUCCCCACUUUGGCACCAGCUAGAUCUCGCGACUCUCAGCUCUCAGAUUAUCAGGCAUGCCAAAUCAAUCACCGUUCAUGAAUACCAGACGGUGGUUAUAAUGUC